UAAAACCUUUACCAACAUCAGGCCUGUAAAGUGGCCACCAAAACAAACCAUUCUUAAACGUGUGAUCAAUAGACCCAAGAAUGGUGAAAGCUGCUCUUUUCAUCUACAACAAUGGUUUGAGUCCUACUUUCUAAUUUCUCCUCCUCAGACAUACUGGUCUCCUCCAAAGAGACAAUAUUCGGUGAGAUGCAGCUAUCUUGGUUAGCAGGAGCUCAGAAGCAAAAAAAAUGUGAUGGUAGUAGAAUCCAGGAUCAUCCACCUCAACUACAGAGCCAUCACCAGGAGCUCCCAGAUCACCCUGCCAAUCAAGUGAAGGAUUUUCAUUCAGGGAACCUUAUGGGAGGAACUUGCCAACUUGCUUCACUGACUUUUUAGCUGAACUGCUUCUGAUACUUAGGUGUUGCCUCUUGUAAAGCCUAAAACAGCCAAGACAACUCCCAGCAUGGAGAAAUACUCAGAGAUGUUUGGAGAUAUUAACUUCACUAUUGGGAUGCUGAAUAAGGAGGACAACAUUAGCAAGGAAGAAAUUUAUGGUCAUCUCGCUUCUUUUAUUCAGAAUACUGACAUCUUGGAUGAUGCAAUAGUCCAAAGGUUAAUUUAUUACACUUCUAAGGACAUGAGGGAUGAGGAAAGUCCCAGAGAAAUCAGAAUGUUGGCUGGUGAGGUGUUCGUGUCUCUUGCUGCUCAUGAUUUCAACUCUGUCAUGUAUGAAGUGCAAAGUAACUUCAGGAUUCUAGAGCUUCCAAAUGAAUUUGUUGUGCUUGCCCUAGCUGAACUGGCAACCAGCUAUGUGUCCCAAAGUAUCCCCUUCAUGAUGAUGACUAUGCUCACCAUGCAGACCAUGCUCAGGCUGGUAGAGGAUGAAAAUAUGAAGCAAACCUUCUGUAUAGCCCUUGAAAAUUUCAGUAAGGCUAUUUACAAGUAUAUCAACCACUGGAAGGAUUUUCCCUACCCCAAAUUAGAUGCUAAUCGGCUCUCUGACAAGAUCUUCAUGCUGUUCCGGUACAUAGUGGAGAAAUGGGUCCCCCAGGCCUCGCCCAUGAAUACUUUGACCAUAGUCAAGGCCCAUGGCCCCACCGUGAGCCUGCUGCUGCACAGGGAAGACUUUCGUGAAUUCUCGCUGAGCCAAGUAUCCUGGCUCCUGAGCCAGUACAAAGACAAGGAGAGUGAUUUCUACGUCACGCAGAGUCUGAAGCAGAUACUGACUGCUGCAGUCCUCUAUGACAUUGUCUUUCCCAAGAACCUGAGAAGGUCAAUCCUCACCAGUUUGCUCCACCAGAUCUGCCAAGUUCCAGAGGCUCCCAUCAAGGAAAACAAAAUUGAAGCUUCGAGCUGCUUCCUCAUCCUAGCUCAUGCCGGUCCGGCAGAUUUGCUGGAUUUUUUUGAUGAACAAAUAAGAAGUACCAAUGAGGCUGUUCGAACAGGAAUCUUAGCUCUGUUAAGAUCAACUAUCAAUGCUGAAGAACCCAAGUUUAGGAAUCAUACGACUUCAAUUGAAAAAAUAGUCAAGCUUAUCAUGAGUGACCUCAAUGUAAAAGUAAGGAAGUCCACCCUUCUUCUCAUCCAAACCAUGUGCGAGAAGGGCUACAUCGAAGCUCGAGAAGGAUGGCCAUUGAUUGACUAUAUCUUCUCCCAGUUUGCCAUGGCCAGCAGGAACCUGGAGACACCGAUGAAAUCUAACUUGGAAAAAGAUGAAAUGGGGGAGAGAACUGUUCAAGAAGCAAGCCUGGAGGUGUUAAAGUCCCUGGACCCACUGGUGAUUGGGAUGCCCCAGGUGCUGUGGCCGCGAAUCCUGACUUUUGUGGUACCCGAGGAAUACACAGGAACGCUAGACUACCUGUUUAACAUCAUCCGGAUUCUGAUUACAGCGGAAGAGAAGAAGAAGCGUGACAAACAGGACUCAACAGCGCUUGUCAUCUCUACAGGAGCUGUGAAACUUCCUUCAUCUCAGCAGCUGCUGGCGCGACUUCUGGUAAUAGCUAUCCUGGCCAGUUUAGGGCAAUUGUGUGGAGCAAGUGCAAUAGGACUUCUGAAGAUAAUGCCUGAAAUAAUUCAUCCUAAGCUGGUAGACUUGUGGAAAACACGAUUGCCUGAGCUUCUACAACCACUUGAAGGAAAUAACACCAGCAUCGUGCUGUGGGAAACCAUGCUGCUGCAGCUCCUCAAGGAAUCUUUAUGGAAAAUCAGUGACGUGGCCUGGACCAGUCAACUGAGUCGAGACUUCAGCCAGCAAAUGAGCAGUUACUGCAACAGCUCGAUGGAAAAGAAGUUUCUUUGGAAAGCCUUGGGAACUACCCUAGCCUCCUGCGAAGACCAAGACUUUGUGAGCUCACAGAUCAGAGACUUCCUGGUUACUCCCAGUCAGCUCGGCGACCAAAGACAGGGAACAACAUCUAUUUUAGGAUACUGCGCUGAGAACCACUUGGAUAUUGUCUUAAAAGUACUUAAAACAUUCCAAGAUAAGGAGAAAUUUUUUGUCAACCGAUGUAAGAGUAUUUUUUCUGGGAAAAAGAGCCUAACUAAGACCGAUCUCAUCUUGAUCUACGGAGCUGUGGCCCUUCAUGCCCCCAAACAGCAACUUCUAGCCAGGCUCGAUCAGGAUAUCAUGGAUCAAAUCCUGCUUCUCUAUAACCAAAGUUCUCAGGUUCUGGGCGUAUCUGUGAUAAAUAAGGACAUGGAUUUGCAAAUGAGUUUCACAAGAAGCAUCACUGAAGUGGGCAUCGCUGUCCAAGACGCUGCAGACCACAGGUUCCAGUUUACCUACAAGGAGACGCUGAUCGGGUUUAUGCUGGACUUGAUAAAGGAUGAGCCCCUGAACUCCUUGGCCAGUCCUGUUCGGUGGAAAGCCUUAAUUGCCUUCAGAUACCUAAGCAAGCUGAAACCUAAGCUGUCGCUAAGUGACCAUCUGAAUAUUCUUGAAGAGAAUAUUCGGAGGCUGCUGCCCCUUCCACCUCUGGAAAAACUCAAAGACGAGGGCGAAACGGACAAGGACAAGGAACGCAUUAAGUUUCUCUACGAACGAUCUAUGGACGCCCUAGGGAAGCUUCUGAGGUCCAUGAUAUGGGAUGACAUGGAUGCACAGAACUGUGAAGAAAUGUUUAACCUUCUCCGGAUGUGGCUUGUUUCCCAGAAAGAGUGGGAGAGAGAAAGAGCAUUCCAAAUCAUCUCGAGAGUCCUAACAAAUGACGUUGAGGCACCAAAGAACUUCAGAAUCGGGUCACUCCUCGGGCUCCUGGCUCCUCACACCUGUGACACCCUGGCCACCAUCCGUCAGGCAGCUACUAGCGCCACUAUUGGUCUGUUCUGUGUAAAAGGCAUUUUCCUGGAGGUGGACAGACUAGAAGGCUUACUGGAAGGGCUAGAAUCUAAUGAUGACCAGGUCCAGAUCAAGAUCUCCUCCAAAAUAGCUAAGAUUGUCUGCAAAUUCAUCCCCAAUGAAGAAAUCCAGGCAUUCUUGGAGGAAACACUGGAUGGGCUGGAAACUCUCAACCCCAUGUGCACAAAGGCCUGUGGCAUAUGGAUGAUCGCUGCCCUGAAGGAGCAUGGGGCUCUGCUGGAAGAGCAGCUUCUGGAGAUCCUGAGCACAGUUUACCAUCACAUGCCAGUCCUCAGACAAAAGGAGGAAAGUUUCCAAUUUAUGCUAGAAGCCAUCUCCCUGAUCGCCAGCUUUCACAUGGAAGCAGUUGUUGUCGGCCUACUACAGAAGCCUCUGCCCUUUGACAGGGACACAAAGACACUGUGGAAGGCGUUGGCUGAAAACCCUGCCUCCAGUAGCAAACUCAUGAGAGCCCUGAUAAAGAAACUGGAAGCCAGGUUAGAAGAUGACAUGGCAGGGAUAGAUGCCAUUGCAGUGGCCUGUGCCAUGUAUGAAGUAAUCUUAACAGGGGCUCGUAUCACUCACUUGUAUCCAGAGCUGUUCACCCUCCUCCUGAAGCUGGUCAGCUGCUCACUGGGCCAGAAAAUGCCAACUUCUACCUUGAGUCAAAGGCGACGAGUAAUGCAACAUGGGGAGCGGCAGCAGAUCGCAGACCCCUGCAGACUCUCAACUACAACUCUGAAAUGCUUGCAAGCCCAAGCUAUGAAAGAAGGCCUUGCAAAGGAAUCUGAUGAAGGGGACAAUUUAUGGACUCUACUUUGCAAUCCUGAUACCCAUCACAUAGGCGUGUGUGCACUGGCCAGGAGCAUGGCAGUCUGGCAACAUGGCAUCAUACUGGAUAUCAUGGAAUACCUACUCUCAUCUCUCACUUCAUCCUCUGAGAACUACAGGAUAACCGGCAUGGCUUUUUUCUCUGAGCUUAUGAAGGAGCCAAUCCUUUGGAAGCACGGAAAUCUUCGAGAUGUCCUGAUCUUCAUGGAUCAGAGCUCCUGGGAGUCCAACGCUAUUCUGAGGCAAAUGGCCAUCCGAGGACUGGGCAACACAGCAUGUGGGGCCCCUCACAAGGUGAAGAAACAUAAGCAGGUAAUGUUGGAAUCCAUCAUCAGAGGCCUGUACCACUUGGCUCGCACGGAAGUCGUCUGUGAAAGCUUGAAGGCUCUGAAAAAGAUCCUGGGGCUGCUCACGGAAAGAGACGUCAGCUUCUACUUCAAGGAAAUAGUGCUGCAAACAAGAACCUUCUUUGAAGACGAGCAAGAUGAUGUGAGGCUGACAGCUAUCUUCUUAUUUGAGGAUUUAGCAUCCCUAACAGGAAGGAGGUGGAAGAUAUUUUUUGCUGAAGAAGUAAAAAAGAGCAUGAUCUCAUUCCUUCUCCACCUCUGGGACCCUAACCCCAAAAUCGGAGCUGCUUGCCGCGAUGUCUUGGUCAUCUGUAUCCCUUUCCUGGGCCUUCAGGAGCUCUAUGGGAUAUUAGACCACCUCCUUGAACAGGAGCUGCCACGGGCCAGGGACUUCUAUAGGCAAUUCUGCAUGAAACUGGCCAAGAAGAACCAGGAAAUUCUGUGGAUCCUCCACACACAUUCAUUCACUUUCUUCAACAGCAGCUGGGAGAUGAUCCGGAGUGCAGCUGUCAAGCUCACAGAUGCCAUUAUUCUCCAUCUGACUAAUCAAUAUUUGGAGUUAUUAGACAGAGAACAACUCACCAUGCGGCUUCAGGCACUCCGGCAGGACCCCUGUAUCAGUGUCCAGAGAGCUGCUGAAGCUGCCUUACAGACCCUGCUGAGAAGGUGUAAAGAGAUCAGCAUCCCACUGUAAACCAUCAAGGAAUAAACAGCUAGGCUUUUUCUAAAA